UGCACUUUCUAAUUUCAUAUUUGCCGUGUACCAAACUUCGAUUGCUGAGUCUAUAAGCACAGAUAUUUAGACGUAUAUUUUUACGGUACUGGUACUGGUACUGGUACUUCUUUCCCACUUAUGCAUGUACUAUGAGCUCGAUAUUGCUCCUCCUCUUGUUCCCUUUGUUCAACGUCUCCGCGAAUCACCAUUUCCGUUGUCACUCAUGGCCGAAAUCAAACGAGCAUCUCCUUCAAAGGGUGUCAUCUCUUUAUCUGCGUGUGCUCCAGCUCAAGCUAGAACAUAUGCUCUAGCUGGUAUUCCUAUUUGGAAAAGCUCCAAAAGUGGUUAACAGCGCCCGAAGUAACCAUUUCACAAUUUACAAGACCCCAUGGAAACCAUCCAGAAGACCAAAACCCUGAUUCCGAGACUAUCCAAGAUAAGUCGGGUCAGGAUCGUUCUUAUUCUCCGGGAAGACUAAGAGUUCUAUUUGCGAUCCUCAUCGUAGAAUGCAUCCUCACGCCGGUCAACAUUUUGUCGGGGAUGAUGGCAUUGGAAGGAGAAGUAUGGAGCCUCGUGUUCGUCUGGUUAGCUGUCCCAUCUUAGGGAAUCUACAAUGUUCCUGAAGUCAAAUCAUCACAGUGCAUUCCUCCUCUGGCUCAUUCUACUAACUAUUGGCCUUUUUCUCUAUACUAGCAUGCAUUCAUUGCAAAUGUUAAAUGUUACCAAGUAAGGAUAUCUUCAUCAUAGACGUAUGCCCCAGUUAACUGACCUUAGAACCGCACUUUGGCAUCUCGGAUGCUGUAUUCUCAUGUUCUACCUCUUCUCCUCGUUUGUUCAGAUAUCCUCAAGUCUUCUUCCUCAGUGGUCCCGACAAUCCUAGACUGUGGCAUCGGCCUUAGCAUCGGGAUGCAGAGUUUACCGAGAGAUUAUUUGUAUGGCUUGAGGGAUUGGGCAAUAGAGGUAGUCGGUAGCCUAUACGGUGGUGUUCUAUCAACUUCGCGAUAUGCAACAGGUAUUCCGCCAUGAGACUCGGUCAGAGCGAGAACUUGUAAGAUUAGAAGAGAGCUUUUAUGAGGUUAUAAUUUGAUUAUAUUGAGCUAUUAACUACGGGGAUUUUUAGUUUUUGGGUUAUGGUUACCU